AGGGGACAAGCGCCAGACCCAACAUUCGACCAGAAUGACAUAACAGUAUGUCAUUCGUUCUACUUUGGAAUACCAUUACUUUUGUUCCCUUAUCAUCGUUAUCGUUUGUUGCUUGGAACCAGUGUACCAAAAUUGACUGUCUAGUAGGAACAAGAUCGUUACACGAGCCAACAUCCGUCCUUUCACCUCGGACAUUUGCAAUACUUUGCGCUACGGCUAUCUGCUUGAACACGCUUAGCAGUGGUAGAGAAACCACGCGCAUCAUAGAAGCUUGGGUGGCCAAACGUUGGCACUGGGUGCGAAUCAUUGCAGCGCGAUGCCAGUAGCGCCGUUACGGCCUAGGGCCCGGUAUGUGUCUAAAUGGCUGUGUAACUUUACUAGAAGUCUUCCUAGUGGAAGUUGCGGGAAUACCGGAACGAAGGAGUGACACAGAACUUCUUCGAAGAUAUUCUUAGUCUUGGAUAGUCUUGGUGACAGGCCAGGGCCGACCUGGGCCUCUGAGAGUCGAACUUCGGUGUUACUACCAACGAAGGGUAGCAAUCAUCUGUUGGUAUUGCAUG